AUGACCCAGAAACCCGUCCUCAUUUCCGGCGCUGGCCUCGCCUCUCUCCUCCUCGCGCGCUCUCUCCUCCGCUCCAACAUCCCCUUCCAGGUCUUUGAGCGCGAUGCCUCGCUCGCCUUCCGCGGCCAGGGCUACCGCCUGCGCCUCUCGUCCGAGGGCCUCGACGCGAUCGAAUCGGUCCUGGACCCUGCCGCGUUCCAACGCUUCUACGACCGCUGCGGGAAGACGGGCGGGAGUGGGUUCCUGGGGUUCGACGCCGUCACGGGCGAAGUGGUCGAGGAGCACAGGAUGGACGAAAACCUCGGGUCGCGGGACGGCAAGAUCGUGGGGAUCGCCCGUGGAGACAUGAGGCGUUUGUUCAUGGAAGGGUGCGAGGAGUUUGUGCACUUCAACAAGCACGUCAAGGGCUACGAGUUGACGGACGACGGAGUGCGGGCCGUCUUCGCAGACGGGACCAAGUCCGUCGAGGGCUCCCUCCUCGUCGGAGGGGAAGGCAUCAACUCGACCGUCGCCAAGCAGCUGUCGGGCGGCCGUCUCAAGGUCUACGAUCUCGGCGCGCGAGGCAUCCACGGACAGGCGCCGACCGCGGCCUUCAAGGCCCUGGGUGAAGGCGUCUUCCGCCUCGUCGACAACGCCAACCCGCGCGGCCGGCUCUCCGUCAUCACCAACGUGCGGCCGAACGACAUGGACGACCCCGACGUCGAAUUCGGGUGGACCAUGGUCGGCGUGCCGGGGGUCAUUAAGGCGCCGAACGACGACUACACGAUCGUCGGGAAGGUGGCGGCGGACAUCGCCAAGUCGCUGACCCAAGAGUGGCAUCCGCGCUUCAAGCCCCUCUUCGACCAGAUGAACGAGGCCGAGGCCGCGUUCUGGAAAAUCACCUGCUCGUCCCCGAGCGGCGUGCCGGAGUGGCCCAACGAACCGCGCGUGUCCCUGAUUGGCGACGCGGUCCACUCCAUGACGCCCGCUGGCGGGAUAGGGGCGAACACGGCCGUGCGGGAUUCAGCGUUGUUGGGACGACUGUUGCGCGAGGCCGGCGGGCCCAAGGAGGGUGUGACGGCCGCCUACGAGAGGGAGAUGAGGGUCUAUGCUAGCGAGGCUGUGAAGUCGAGCUACGGCACCGCAACCAAGGCGUUCAAGGUCCACAUCGACGAGUUGUCAAAGACCAUCUGA